AUGUCGUUGUCAAAGGAAUGGAUGGCCGAUCUGUCCCUGUCGGAGAUGCAUGUGGUGGGAUCCUGCCGGGCUCGCGAUCGCAUCUCCGAUAUCGCCAACUUGUUCUUCAAGGAUCGCGGGAAGGAGGAGACCAACACUCACGAUCAAGAGGAGUUGCAAUACAGGAAACAUGAGGUGACCCGACAUGACGUUGCCCGCCUCAACGCCGGUAUCUGGAACAAAGAUUACCACCAAUCUCCCGAGGGCUGGGAGGAGGAUCUCCAAGUCAACACGCUCUCCACCUCGCUGUUGGCCUUGCUCCUUCUCCCGAAGCUGAAGAAGAGCGCUUAUCCCGACAACCCCACGCAUCUGAGUGUUGUGUCUAGCCAGCAGUUUGUCCAAGUGAAGCCCGAAAGCGUGCAAACCGACGGUAUUCUGCUGGCGCACCUCAACGACCCCGGCAACUUCGCGGGCCCCAAGCAGCGUGCCGAAAGAGUGGGCUCCACCGAUGCGCAACGCCAAGCUGAGGAGCAAGCUCCUUUCAGCAAUCUUCGAAGUGAACCUCCCGGCUUCAUCUCUCAGACACCCAACCGGGAUGUCAAGAUGCCCCCCCUGGGACAGUUCAAUGUUAAAGACUCUAAGGAGAGUAAGAAGCGCUGCGGUGGCGCAGGUGGAGAGGGGGCCGGCACAUUCCUUAGGACGCACUUUUCGAUGUGGCCACACUAA